GCCGCCCUGUCCCAGGCUCCUCUGCGGGUAAACAGACAUGGCCGACGAGGGAGACCCGCAGGACGCUGCGCACAACAUGGGCAAUCACUUGCCGCUCCUGCCCGCAGAGGAUGAAGAAGAAGAUGAAAUUGAAAUGGAAGUUGAAGACCAGGAUAGCAAAGAAUCCAAGAAACCGAACAUCAUAAAUUUUGACACUAGUCUGCCGACAUCACAUACAUAUCUGGGCUCUGAUAUGGAGGAAUUUCAUGGCAGGACUUUGCACGACGAUGACAGCUGUCCGGUGAUUCCCGUCCUGCCCCAGGUGAUGAUGAUCCUGAUCCCUGGGCAGACCUUACCUCUCCAGCUUUUCAAUCCCCAAGAAGUCAGUAUGGUGCGCAAUUUAAUUCAGAAGGAUAGAACCUUCGCGGUGCUUGCAUACAGUAACGUACAGGAAAGGGAAGCACAGUUUGGAACAACAGCAGAGAUAUACGCCUAUCGAGAAGAGCAGGAUUUCGGAAUUGAAAUUGUGAAAGUGAAAGCAAUCGGAAGACAAAGAUUCAAAGUCCUUGAGCUCAGGACACAGUCAGACGGAAUCCAGCAAGCUAAAGUGCAAAUUCUUCCUGAGUGUGUGUUGCCUUCAACCAUGUCUGCAGUUCAGUUAGAAUCCCUCAACAAGUGCCAGAUAUUUCCUUCAAAACCUGUCUCAUGGGAAGACCAGUGUUCCUAUAAAUGGUGGCAGAAAUAUCAGAAGAGAAAGUUUCAUUGUGCGAAUUUGACUUCAUGGCCUCGCUGGCUGUAUUCCUUAUAUGAUGCUGAAACCUUAAUGGAUAGAAUCAAGAAACAGCUACGUGAAUGGGAUGAAAAUCUGAAAGAGGACUCGCUUCCUUCAAAUCCAAUAGAUUUUUCUUACAGAGUAGCUGCUUGUCUUCCUAUUGAUGAUGUAUUAAGAAUUCAGCUCCUUAAAAUUGGUAGUGCAAUCCAACGACUUCGCUGUGAACUAGACAUUAUGAAUAAAUGUACAUCUCUUUGCUGUAAGCAAUGUCAAGAAACAGAAAUAACAACCAAAAAUGAAAUAUUCAGUUUAUCCUUAUGUGGGCCGAUGGCAGCUUACGUGAAUCCUCACGGAUACGUGCAUGAGACGCUUACCGUGUAUAAGGCUAGCAACUUGAAUCUGAUCGGCCGGCCGUCUACAGAUCACAGCUGGUUUCCUGGGUAUGCCUGGACCAUUGCCCAGUGCAGGAUCUGUGCAAGCCAUAUUGGAUGGAAAUUCACAGCCACCAAAAAAGACAUGUCACCUCAAAAAUUCUGGGGGUUGACUCGAUCUGCUCUGUUGCCCACCAUCCCAGACACCGAAGAUGACAUAAGCCCAGACAAAGUAAUACUCUGCUUAUAAACGAAUACAGUAGGGAUAAGAUAACUUAACAAAUCGGUAUUCUAACAUCAGAUCUGCUUCGGAGAUUAUUGCUUUUGAUGCAUAUCUAAGUAAAAAGCAACAUUACAGGGAAGGUGGCAGUUUGUUAGUCAAACAGUAUGUAACGAUUUAAACUAAAAUAUACUUAUUGAAGAAGAUGAGACGCAGUCUAGAAUAUCUACUCUAGGAGCUGGGUGCUGUUAUCCUGUGGCAGCUGAUAGGACGUGAAGACAUCUGUGAAACUGGUGAGCAUGCCUCCUGCACAAACGUACCUUAAAUUCCUAUACUGUGAGGGUCCCUCCUUUGAUCCUGAUCCAUGGAACAGAAUGGCAUGUUUGUAUCAGUGUUCCGACUGGCGGAAGUUCCAAAAGCCUAGAGUGCCAAGCACUAGUACUUACUGUUCCUUUUUGAAAGAGGCAAGGCGAUGUGUUAUUUCUAAAAGGGCUUUGUUCCUUUUGAUCUCCUUUAGUUUCUCUGAGCUAGUGAUUUGUACAUUUUGAAAAUACUGAAGAGUUAUAAUACGCAGUUUGAGCCCCCAAAUAAAAGUUUUCGUUUCCUAACAUGUUUGUUAGUGAAAA